AUGGAACUGGGACGGUACCUGACUGUUCGCCGCCGGCAAGUUACUCAAAAGCACCAUGGCGAGCAUUCUCACGAAAAUCACCUGGAACGGAAGCGUCUUCCUCUUAUCGAGUCACCUGUUAACGAUCAGCUCUACGACGUCCUAGAUUCGGAUGGAACUCCCAAUUUGGAGAAACUGAGGUCCCGUGCCAGUGUUUUACCAGCCAUAUCAUCCACCGAUGGUCCCAUUCUCUACAAAACUCGUCAUGAAGCAAGCACGAUCGAGCUGUUUUACGACUUAUUCUUCGUAGCUAACCUUGCAACGUUUACUGCUGCACAUAAUCACAGCGAUGCGGAAUCCGUUGCAGCCUAUCUAGGCUUUUUCACACUACUGUGGUUUACCUGGCUUAACACAACUUUAUACGACGUUCGUUUCGCCACCGAUUCAAUCAUUGAGCGCGCAUUCAAGUUCGUCCAUUUCGGGGUCAUGACUGCCUUCGUCUUUUGUGGUCCCAUCUUCGAUCUCUACGACGACAAGUCAGAUGCACGGACGUACAAAAAGUUCGCCGUCACAAUGGCCAUCUCGCAUGCUGUAACGACGAUGCAGUACCUCAUCGUACUGAUACAGAGUCGUCGAUAUCGAACAGCAGUUCUUCCAGUUGCCUUAACCACUCUGGUCAACGCACUCGCGGCGAUUGGGUUUGGUGUAACAGCAACUAUGCUACCAAUCGAUGAUAUUGCAUGGCACAGUUUGGUCAUUUGGUACACCUUAAAGGUACUCUCGGGUGUCUUGACGGUUCUAAUAUCUGUCUUCUUCCGCGUCAUAUCCUUCAAACACGCCCAUCUAACUGAACGUUUGUCUCUGCUAACGCUGAUUGUGACGGGUGAAGGAAUAAUUGGUCUUUCAAAGUCACUAUCAACCAUCACGAAAGCUAAUAAAUCAACUAGCGCCAACGAUAUAGGCUCUGUGAUCGCUGCGGUAUUACUUCUUUACCUCAUCUGGAUGCUAUACUUUGAUCAAUUGGACGAAGAAGGCAAGAUGGGGACUAUUCGUCAACAAAUAUGGGCUCUUCUGCAUUUUCCACUUCAUUCUGCCAUCGUGCUCAUGGUUGAAGGAAACACGAGCCUUAUUCCGUGGAGUUCUGCGGUGCAAGGGCUUAACUUGGUUUGGUCCGUCCGACCGGGUCCUGAGGAUGCCCCAAGCACUUCAUUUGCUAACAAUUCCGCCUUUGUAACUUAUCUCAAUGACUCCAUGUGGAAAAUAUCGGAUCAUUUCAAGUCAUACAAAUUGGCGGAGGAGUAUGACUGGACUUUGAACCUCACUUCCAUCAUCAACAUAGCCGACGAUACAACAUUCAACGGUGGUGUCUACACGUCAGAGAUCGCACCUAUCGUUGAUGAAAUGUUCGACUAUGCAGAAAACUUCGUUUUCAAGGCACACGAUGCCAGCAUGUCCAAAAUGAUCAAAGUAUCGACAACUAAGGCAUCAUCCUCAGCCGCUCACGACUCCUUGGCCUCGAUGUACGAAAUUUACGACGUCGUGACGCUCUACUUCUAUAUUGGGGCUGGCACCACACUGCUCCUUUUGAGCGCCAUGUACUGGUUUGGUAAACCUCAUCACACGCGGUCCGAGGCAGGUGGUCCCAUUGUGCGUGUCAUCGUUGGAUCGCUCCUCAUCGGAUCAGGUUGUCUAGGGGUUUUUGUCGACACCGGUACAACAGGGUAUAAAUUUCAACAGAGCACGCUGUUGAUACCAGUUGUUGCGAUCGCAUACCUGGUAGUCAUCAUAAUUGACACAGUGUUCACCUUCUUCUCUGAACAUCCCGACACAGGCGCUAUCAUUUUCCAUCGCGGAAGCCGACCAAAACGCCGCGAUCAUCAGUCAAUGGGACCCUCACCAGGGGCAGAUCCUGACUCCGACAGAGCUCGCAUGAUCCCACUUGACAGCAUGUCUGGCUCCACUGCAAAUCUCCCUGACUACGAUGACGACUCUCCACAUGACCAACGCUACUCAAACAAGCCAUCCCCAAUGCUCGCAGCUGAAGCGUCUGAACUCAAGGUCAGAGAUUUCGCACAACCUGAGCCCACCUCUAUCUCAACAUUAUCAUCGCCAUUCUUGUCACCAGCCAAUCAAGAUUCACGAAUAUCGCGGUUCAAAUCUCUCAAGGCCCCGGCAGCAUACACAUCCUUGAGCGACGACGAUUAUGAUGAUUACGAUCGUCGACAGAUGGAUCGCUAUGAUCGGCCUCAGCGACCACUUUAG